AUGACCGAAACCGUACUCGUCGUGGGCGCCACCGGCAACAUUGGCGUGGCCACCGUCAUCGGUGCCUUGCGUUCAGGACGGCAUGUCAUCGCCAUAGUCCGCAAUCAGAGCUCCGCCGACAAGCUCUUCAAGCAUGUCGGUUCGAAAGAAGGUAUCAAGACGGUUGAGGCCGACGUCGCUGCCCCGGACGGUGUUCAGAGGGUGGUUUCCAAGGUACAGAAGGGCGAGUUGCCCGCCUUUCAGCAUGUAUACACCUGCGUUGGCGGACCUUACUCGGACACGCCGCUGCAAGAAAUUUCGGACGAGGAGCUCCGACUGAACUUCAGCCUCAGCUUCGAGGCCAACUUCUUCGCAUACCGCGCCACGAUACCCUACCUACUCUCCCAAAAAGGCACCGAUACCACCUUCACCAUGUGCACCGGCUCCCAAGGCGACGCGGGUCAGCGGCCUCCGCCCGCCAUGACGCAGGGUGCCCUGUUCAGCAUGGCGAACUGUGCCGCCCUCGCCAAUCGCGACAAUAACGUCCGCUUCAAUGAGUGCUACCUUACGUUUCGCGUGGAAGUGGAUGAGGACGCCGAACAGCACGGCGUCUCCAAGUCAAGCGACUUUGCAGCAGUUUACGAAGGGAUACUAUCGCAAAAGAACAUCCGAAGCUCUAGAGUCAGCGUCUUCAGCCCGGAGGACUUCACGAACUUGAGGGUGAAGAGCAUCCCACAAGUACCGACUGCUUAA